AUGUCGACCGUCCAGCGUAUGAACCGAAAAUUAUCCGAAGAACGCGAUGCUGAACGCGCCUCCCAGUUGGCCAAGGAGGCGGUCGAACUUUCCAAUGCUGGUCACAAAGUCCAAGCGUCGAGAAAGCUGAGGGAAGCUGCUGCAUUGGGUCAUGCCAACCCGGAUGUCCAGGCCGCCUUUUUUGCCAUCCACCAUGAUGAUCAACUCAAUUCGCCCCUCUUGGAUCUGGUCAGGAGGUAUGCGCUCUAUCAUGACAACGCCGCCGGCGAUGAAGCUAUCAACUACCUGAAGAGCUCCGAGGCGUCAAAUGCUGCUCCGGUCGCUCUCGAAUGCCUGCAAAUCAUCCUCGAGUGCCGCCAGUCCACCAUGUCCGAUGCCCAGGAUUUCAUCAUCGCCGAACUCGCCAAACGGAGUCCCGCCGUUCGAAAGUAUCUGGCAGCUGAGCUGGAGGCUUCGACAACCUCAUUCUUUGACAAUGUCUACGAGAGAGGGGAUGACGCCGCCAAUUGUCUUCGCUCUGUCGUGCUCGACGACUCAUUAUGGCCGACCGAGGACGUCCGACUUCGAGUGGAAGAUGAUCUCUUUCAGCUCUUCCUUGCCAAGUUGAUGGAAACGGGUCAUGACCAUGAUGGCCGAGCUCUCAAAGGCAUUGCCCUACUAUUGAUUGCCGAUACACAGCGCCUCCAUACCUUCAUCGAUGAGGAUGCAUUCGAAGCCCUCAUGGGCUCCCUAGAUUUGCGGCUCCCCCCGGAUGUCCGAGGCCAGGCAACCCUCGUCCUGUCCAAGUUCUUCGAAGUGGCGGAGCCUACCGGUCAAGGAUACCUCUCCAAGUACAUCACGAACCACGUCCAACGCAAGAAGGGCGACGACCUUGUCCUGGCCUUUUCCGCCGGCGCCAGUCUCUUUCCGGUCAUUCCCACCGUCGUGGCCCCGCUCUUUUUGGUGGAUGGGUUUCUCCCCUCGAUCAUGCCGCUCCUCGACCGAAAGUUCAGCAGCCCCCUCGUCCAUGAUGCCUUCCUCUUUUUGCUCAAUGCUGCUUGCAUCGACGGCGCCUGUCGGACAGCCAUCGCACAGUUUUGUGCCACCUGGUUAGCGGACAAAGUGAGCAACGGGACCGGCAAGCAGCCGUCGGUGGCGGCCACCGUGUUGGCCAAACUGAGAACGUCGGGUGUCCAGAUUGCUGGAGACCAGAGAGCCAACAAGGCGGAUGAUGAUGUUAGUGAGCUCGUUGAUCUUUUCAAGAAAUCCCUCACUCUUGUUGAAGAAGGAAAGAAUGUUUCUGACUCGAUUGAAGGCCUUGCGUAUACAUCUUUGAAGGCCGAGGUCAAGGAAUCGCUUGCCAAUGAUCGCAAGUUCCUCAAGUCUCUCCUGGAUGUCCUCAACGAGAAUCAUACUGCCCCGGAGGUCGUGGUGGGCGGAUUAAGCAUCAUCUCGAAUCUCACACAAUAUGCGCCCAAUUUGUCCGAGGAGCAGAAGAAGAUGUCGCAGUUGAAAGCAUACGCCAAUGCUGCGAAACCUGCCGAACCGAAUCCUUUGGAGAAUGACGACCAUGUACGCGCACGAUGCACGGCAGUUAUUGAGGCUGGAAUCGUGGCCUCAAUAAUCAGACUAAACAAGGGUAGAUCCCCGGCUAUAGCACAGCUAAGUGAUAAAAUCCUUUUGUCGCUGUCCAAGAAUCCAAAGGAUAGGGGGAAGAUGGCGCAACAGGGAGCCGUCAAGCUUUUAGUCUCUCAUGCACAGAGAAACCUACAGUCAUCCGAAAACAACAACACCCAAGCCACACCCGACGCCGCCCAUGCUCUAGCGCGAAUCCUGAUCUCCUUGAAUCCGGCGCACGUCUUCCCAGCAGGGUCGACACCCGAUAUUACCGACGCUGUCCCACCUCUCGUGGCGUUGCUGAAGCCCCCGGGUGGAGCGGGUCUCAGCGACCAACCGCGAGAUCUCCUUCCGGUCUUCGAAAGUCUCCUUGCCCUCACCAACCUCGCAUCAGCUCCGAGUUCUAAUGCCGCAUCUUUCAUCAUAAAGUCAGCGUGGGACGAUAUCGAAGAUUUCCUCCUGGGAAACAAUGAACUCGUCCGCCGGGCGGCUUGCGAACUCAUAUGCAAUUUGACGGUAUUUCCGGCCGGGGUAGAGAAAUUCGACGACGGUUCGAAGCGCGCGGCACAGCGACUGCAUAUACUUGUUGCGAUGGCGGAUGUCGAAGAUUUACCCACAAGGCGCGCUGCGGGUGGUGCCUUGGCAAUGCUUACGGACCAAUACUCCAGUAUCAUCUCUGCAAUGCUCGAGUUUAAACGCGCGCCAGAAAUUCUCCUAGAAUUAUGCCUCGAUCAAGAUCCGGGGGUGGUGCACCGAGGCUUGGUCGUUGUAAGGAAUAUGCUAUGUUGUGACGAAGCAGCCCCGGAGAACAAGACAUUAGCAGCCAAGGUAAAGGAGGUGUUCAAGAAAGAAGGUGCCGUGGAGAGACUGAAAACCACUCUGAAGCAGACGAAGGAACCAGAGCUGCUCAGCAUUGGAGUACAAGCCUUGAAAGUCCUAGUGGACGAUCGAAUGACGUGA